UAUGGAACUAUACUUGUUUUUCUCAUGCUGUUUACAUUCAGAAAUGACGCCACCCCUAUCAUUAGGACAGACUCUGCUUUACAAUAUAAAGGGACACACUCAUCCAGACUUUAAGGGCAGACCUGACACUGGGAUAGCUUGUGUUAGAUCCUCUGAGGUACUUAAACUUUGUGUCCUGUUUUUGACAUUAUAAUUAUUGACACUGAAAUGUAAUUUAUUUGUUACUGUUUUCUAAAUUGCCAAAUUGUGUGAUUUAUUCCAUUUUUGUUCAAAAGCUGGUUUCUGUGUACCUGUGAGUAUGAAAAACACCAAUAUUUCAACUAUAGAUCAUUUUAUCAUCAUUGGAUUCCCUGGACUUCAGCCUGAGUAUUAUGGACCAGUGUCUGUUCUUCUUCUUUUCAUUUUGUUAUCUAUUGUGGUUGGAAAUGGUUUUAUUUCAGCUGUUAUUGUGUACGAGAGGACUCUUCACAAACCAACAUACUUAAUCUUUUUUAACCUUGCCAUGACAGACAUCCUUUUUGGUUUUGUUACUCUUCCAAAAGUUAUUGCAAGAUAUUGGUGGAAUGAUGUAAUAUCUUCAUUUAGAACCUGCUUUACACAAAUGUAUUUUGUCCAUUCUUUAGGAGCUAUUCACUCUUUAAUUUUACUGAUGUUAGCUUUGGAUCGCUUUGUUGCCAUAUGGUUUCCUUUGCAAUAUUCCUCUCUGCUUACAAACAAAGCUGUUUCUAUUGCUUGUAGCCUGUGCUGGAUUCUAACAUUCAUUCGCAUGUUGGGGAUUAUAUUGCAUGCUUCAACUUUGCCUUACUGCAACCUAAACAUCAUCUUACAGUGCUACUGUGAUCAUGUAUCAGUGACUCAGCUGGGAUGCGGUGAUCAAGUUACAUAUGUAAAGUAUGUUGCACUUGCAAAUGCCAUGGUCACUCUCCUGGUUCCUUUAACGUUCAUAAUAUUUUCGUACUUUUCUGUGAUCAUAGCUGUGCUGAAAAUGUCUCACACCGAGAGGCGGCACAAAGUGCUGUCCACCUGUGCCCCUCAGAUCUUUAUCACCUGUUUGUAUUAUGUACCCAGAUGUUUUGUUUAUAUCGCUCAUAAUUUGGGCUUCAGCUUCGGUGUUUACACCCGUACUGUUAUAACUAUGACGUAUAGCCUCAUACCUGCUGUAGUGAAUCCCAUAGUAUACUGUUUCAAGACUAAGGACAUUAAAGAAGCCUUGAUUCACAGAUUCAAAAGCAGAAAAGUUAGCAUUGCAACAAAAUAA